UUCAAUUAUGUCCGUUUUUGGUCCUUCUCAAAUUGCGGAGAUAAAUGUGUCCGGCAGGUGGCAGUAGUGCGCCCUAAUUGUGCCUCGUCAUCAACGAAGCGGAAGCGGAAAUGUAGUUCGGAGCUGUUUCACUGUCACACAGGUUAUCAUUUAGAGAGCCGACCGUUGGUGUUAGCUAAAAACAGAGGCUGUUUUGUUGUUUGAAGUUCACUCAAAACCGAUUUAAAGUUCGUAUUUUAGUUAAAAUAUGCGCUUGAAUCCAACGAGUCGAGCUUUGAAUACUCAUAUUUAAAAAAAACAAACAAAAUGGAGGCACGCUUCGGAAGAGAGUUAGCGUCCGCGGUGGAAGUGGCUCUCCGGGCGGCCGUGUCCGUGUUCAGGGACGUGUGGCUCGGAGAGACUCGGAACUCGGACUGGGACGAAACGAAGCUCGGUGAGAUCCAGGAGAUCGAGCGGUUCCUGGUCGAUCAGAUCCAGAAGGUGUUCGCCGAGCUUUGGGAGGAGAACGAGGCUCUGCGGACCAAAGUGGAGCAGCUGGAGGACGUACUGCAGAGGAAAGCCGGGCGGCUGGAGCAGGAGCUGGAGGCCAGAGUGGGUCAACUGGGCCGAGACAUGGAGCUGCUGGAACAGGAGCUGAAGACCAUAAGCGAGGCCCCCGGGAAAACCCACCAGGACGGACCAGAACAGCAGCUGGAGGACGGACCAGCAACCGAUGGAUCGGCGCCGGUCGGCUCCAGCAGCGUGCCGUCUCCAGAACCGGACCAGAAUGACCUUCCUGUGACCUCAGGAACCGCAGAUUUCGUCACCUCCUCCCCGGAUCGGUCCGCAGCCGUCUCGGCUCCUGCGGAGGCUCAGAUGGUGUUUGUCGGCACGAUUCCCUCCGCAGCCGCGGCGCUGCUGGUCGGGGCCAACGAAGUCUUCGCCCAGACUUUGACGGAUGAGCUGGAGCUGAAACCUGAGUUGACGCCGCAGGAUGCCGCCAGCCCCGACUCCAGCAGCGCCAGCGGUCUCUACUGCACUGAGGAAAAGAUGCCACAGAAUUCUUUAGAGGAGGAACCUUCUGGAGUAAUGCAGCGCAGGAGGAGGAAGGCUGAUAAAACUGAAAAGGUUUCAUCCAACAACUCAACAGAGGAGGCACAGGUCCAGCCAGGUGAAGCUCAGGGAAGAAGCCUGAGGAGAACCUCCUCUCAAGCAGGAAAGCGCUUCUUCUGCGAGUAUUGUGACACCGGCUUUCACUGGAAAAGUGACCUGAAGAAACACCUGAAUGUACACAAAAAGCCCUUUCCCUGUGAGCAGUGCAGCAAAAGUUUCCCAGACAGGGAAGAUCUGGAGAAUCACCUUCUGAGUCACGACUCAACGAAGGACCUGCUGCCAUUCCCGUGUCCGCAGUGCAAGAGGUCCUACAGGAAGGAGGAGUCGCUCCAGAACCACCUCAAGCGCCACCAGACGUCCAAACUGCCGAAACCGUUCCCCUGCGAUCAGUGCGGCAAAUCAUUCAGGGCACAGCAGUCACUGGAAAACCACCUCCUGCGCCACGAAAAAUGGAAGCUGCAGCUGAAGUGCCAGCACUGCGAGAAAACCUGCAAGACAGCGGUGCAGCUGAGGGCCCACAUGGCCGUGCACUCAGAGGAGAGACCGUUCAGCUGCGCCACGUGUGGGAAGGAGUUUAAAAGCAAGGACACCUUGCGCUUCCACCAGAUGGUCCACACAAAUGCCAAGAAGUACAAAUGCAACAUGUGUGAAGAGUCCUUUAAGUACGCCCACUCGCUGACGGUGCACAAGAGGAAGCACACCGGCGACAGCCCGUUUGUCUGCGACGAGUGCAACCGCUCCUACAGAACCGGCACCGCUCUGAAAAGACAUAAGGUCAUCCACACCGGGGAGAAACCCUUCACGUGUCACAUUUGUGGAGCAAGGUUCAACCUCAACAACAACCUGAAGAGGCACCUGCGCAUCCACACUGGCGAGAAACCGUUCACUUGCAAGGACUGCGGGAAGAGCUUCUCUGACAACAACAAGCUAAAGUCGCACAUGCUCGUCCACGGCGCCAGGAAACCCUUCAUGUGCGACCUCUGCGGAAAGACUUUCCUCUUCAACUGCAGGCUGCAGAUGCAUCAGCGGUAUGUCCACGCCGACAACUCCCAUGCGUCAGACGGCGUCCUCCAGAACCGGAGGCCGAAGCCGCUGGUGAAACCGUUCAGCUGCAAAACGUGCCUGAAGGGUUUCAGUGCCGCUUCGUCGCUCAAGCUCCACGAGAAGGGCCACAGCGAGCACAAGGAGUUCCACUGUGGCAUCUGCGGGAAGGACUUCCACAACAAGUACUCCUUCAGCUACCACCAGCGCAGCCACUCGGGAGACAAGCCCUUUGUGUGCGACAUCUGCGGGAAGAGCUUCUUCCAUGGCGCCAGCCUGAAGCAGCACGAGCGGAUCCACACGGGCGAAAAGCCCUACAAAUGUGACCAGUGCGAUAAGGAGUUCAGGACGGAUGGAAACUUCUACCGCCACCUGAGGAUCCACAGCGGGGUAAAACCUUUCGAAUGCAGCUACUGUCAGAAGAAGUUCCACCAAUCCAAUCAGCUGAAAUCCCACCUGCAGGUUCACACGGGCCAGAAGCUGUACUCCUGUCAGCAGUGCGGCCAUGGCUUCUCCGAUUCACGGCAGCUCAAGAAGCACAGCUGCGACGGCCCAACUCAUAUGAUUAAACUGGAACCGGAUGUUGCUGCCAUGUUGAUCAGCGAGGCAGCCAGGAAGAUCAGCAGCAUUUUCUCGCAGCUCUCCUCGUCGCUUCUCGCUGAAAACCGCAAACUAAACGCACAGCUGGAGGCCGAACUGAAGAGCGCAGCUGAAGGUUUGGAAAACGCCCGGCUGUGGCGGGAGAACGUGCUGAACGGCGGUCCGGUGCUGCUGGAACAGAGCAGCACGGUGUUCCCCAAGAAGCCGCUUAUUAGACUGAACAAAAAGAUGGACGAUGGAAAUCCUCCUGCAGCCUCUGCAGAGGUGGAAGACAUUGGAGAGACGAUGCAGAUGCCUUCGUCUCCUUCUGCUGAAGAAGACACUGCUGAGGAUUUAGCUGCUCCAAAAAUCCCUGAACUGGAAAACUCUGAAUCCCAGAAGACGCAGGAAGCAGCGCUGAAGCCUAAAGGAAAGGAGUUUGUGUGUGAGCUCUGCAAGAAGAGGUUUAGCCGUCGGUUUCACCUGGCAAAGCACAAGAACACUCACAAGGAGCAGCGGCCGUUCGCCUGCGACCGCUGCCCCAGGAAGUUCAGGACUGCAGAGACUUUGGAGCAACACCUGCUGCGACACGAAGAGAAGAAACACGCUAGCUUCCAGUGCCAGCGCUGUGAGAAGUCGUUCAAGACAAAGAUGAAUCUGAAGACACAUCAGCUGGUCCACUCAGACCUCCGACCGUUUAGCUGCGGGACCUGUGGGAAGGCCUUCAAAACCAAGCACAACCUGCAGGCACAUCAGGCGGUACACCUGGCAGAGAAACCACACAAGUGUUCAGAGUGCGGGGAGAGUUUCAGAUGCGCCGUCAGCCUGCAGUGCCACCGUAGUGUCCACACUGGUGAGCAUCCCUUCACCUGCACAGCAUGCGGCAAAACCUUCUCCAGCAGGCGGUCACUCCGGACGCAUCAGGCAGUCCACAGGGGGAAGGUGUUCACCUGCGAGACGUGUGGGGCGGGAUUCACCCUACGACAGAACCUCCAGAGGCACAUCCGCAUUCACACAGGUGAGAAACCAUUCGCAUGCAAGGUAUGCGGGAGGCCCUUCAUGCAGGACAACAAGCUGAAGGCGCACAUGCUGCUCCACGGCGCUGCCAAGGCAUUCAUGUGCGACCUCUGCGGGAAGACGUUCCUGUACAACUGCCAGCUGAAGAAACAUCAGAAAGCCGCACACGAGAAGAAGCAGGCGUCAAAGAGGCGAGGUCAGGAGAGAGGCGAGCGCAGGGUGAUCUACCGGCGGGACAAAACCAUGCUGGACAUGACGGCGUUCAGCUGUGGCACCUGCCGCAAAGGCUUUGACUCAGCUGCUUCGCUGCAGAGGCACGAGCUGAUCCAUGCUGGCGGCGCCGCACAGUAUGCCUGCGACCAAUGUGACAAGUCGUUUUUCUACAAAGCCACCUACGAGUACCACCGGAGGAUCCACUCCGGGGAGAGGCCGUUUGCGUGCGAUGUCUGUGGGAAGCGGUUCGUCAUCCGCCAGGCGCUCAAGUCCCACAGGCUGCAGCACUCUGGAGAGAAACCGCACAAGUGCAAGCAGUGCGGCAAGGACUUCCGUAUCUACACCAACUACCUGCGACACCGCCGUGUCCACACGGGGGAGAAACCCUAUGAGUGCGAGGUGUGUGGGACUCGGUUCCGGCAGCUCGGACAUGUCAAGUUCCACAUGCAGGUCCACACAGGAGAGAGGCCAUACUCCUGCAGCAGCUGUGGGCUCGGCUUUUCAGACUCCAGGAAGAAGAAAAAAGAAGCCGUCUUGGUGUCACGCGUGGUUUCCACCCUAACAACAACAUUUCUGCACUGCUGUUGGAUAAACGUUGAACAAAACGGACAGAAACUUGUUGGACCGACCGAGCUCCACGUAAAUUUCCGCAACAUGUCCGAUUUAGAGGCGCGAGUCUGCGCCAUUUUGGACGUCAUGGUAACGGCCACCAUGUCAGAAAUGGACAAAGUUAUCGGCAGCUCGGAUCCCAACGAGGCUCCGGCUUGGACAGAAAAUAAACAGACGUCCUGUUUGGAUCAGAAGGUGAUGCACUUCAACAUCCUCCUGGCGUCUCUGGCUCAGGAAGCCGUGGAGAAGAUCUGCCAGCUGUUUGAGGAAAGUUCGUCGGUGCUGCAGCUCGAAGUGUCGCAGGGCGCGGCAGAGAUCGAAGACCUGAAGACGAGGCUGAGGGAGGUGGAGAUGGACCUGAAGCUGGUGAUGGAGGGAAGCGCAGAGCUGGGAGGCCAGGAGGAAGUGACGGAGGAGCAGACGGAGGAGAGGAGAGAAGAAGAAGAAGGAUCCCCGGGGAAUCUGUGCAGAGUUUUUGGAGGUGAAAGCGGAGUGAGGAGGUCGCCUAUUAUUCACCUGUGGAAAAGCAGAACUUGUGAGUCUGUCUCCGGUCAGGACAGCAUCCAGUCGGUUUUACUGAAGCAGGAGAUCCUGAAGGCCUCGGGCAUUUCCGACCCGAACCGAAACGAUCCCGCCGAGGAAGACGGCCCAGACUACACGGUGGAGAUGGACGACUCGGUUUACACCAUCAGAGCUAAAGGCCUGGUGAAGCCCAGGUCGCGGGUGCGAGGGGCGAAGGAGAGCCGGGGUCAGAGGGAGUCGCCCCUGAGCUGCAGGCUCUGCAAGAAAACCUUCAGCAACCUGCUGCAGCUCAAAGCGCACCAGUCCGUCCACGGAGCGAGCAGCGACAAGCCCUUCGUCUGCUCCCAGUGUGGGCGGGGCUUCUCCUUCCAGCGCAGCCUCAGCGCUCACAUGCUGAUUCACAAGGAUGAGAGGCCUCACACUUGUGACGUUUGCGGGAAGGGUUUCACCUUGAAGCAGCUCUUGAGGAACCACCAGCGUCUCCACGGCGACGUGCGUCCGUUCUGCUGCGACCAAUGCGGCAAAAGUUUUUACAGAGCUCACGGCCUGAAGCUGCACCGGAGGGUCCACACCGGCGAGCGAUUGUACAACUGCCACUACUGUGACAAAGGCUUCACCAUACCGGGUAACCUGCAGCGCCACCUGCGCAUACACACCGGCGAAAAGCCGUACAAAUGCGACACCUGCGGCAAAAGCUUCAACCAGGCGGACACGCUGAAGGGCCACCAGCGACUGCACACCGGGGAGCGUCCCUUCAGCUGCGAGACCUGCGGGAAAUCUUUCAUCCAGAAGAACGCCUUGAAGAUGCACCAACGGACAUUUCACCUGGACGAGAGGAAACUCACCUGCGUCGCAUGCAACACCGUGGUGCCUUGCAUGGAGUCCCUACGCAAGCACACCCAGACGCACGCCAUGACCAUCCCGUGCAGCUGUGUGCACUGCGACCAGCGCCUGUGCACCAUCACGGAGCUGCGGGAACACCAGCAGCAGCACACGCUGGAGAGACCUCACUGCUGCAGGAUCUGUGGGAAGAGCUUCAAGUCGUCCAGCUACCUGAAGAUCCACCUGAAGGCUCACAGCGGCGAGCGGCCGUUCGCCUGCGAGAUCUGCGGACGUCUGUUCACGCAGCAAAGCAGCCUGAAAUCACAUCAGGUGGUCCACACCGGCGAGAAACCGUUCAGCUGUGACACCUGCGGGAAAUCUUUUGGCAACACGGGCAACCUGAAGAGGCAUCAGCGCAUCCACACGGGCGAAAAGCCGUUCAGCUGCGACAUCUGCGGCCGCUGCUUCAACCAGGGCAACAGCCUGAAGGCUCACCAGCAGAUCCACACCGGGGAGAAACCGUUCAUGUGCGACAGGUGUGGGAAGAGCUUCUCCUACCUGAGGAACCUCAAGGACCACAAGUGUUUCUACGUUUGAAACAACAGAUCAUCUGGUUCAGUUUGUGGAUGUGGAUUGACUCAGUUGCUGUUCAAAUGGAUUCAUAUCUGAACUUUUUUCCAAAGUUCUAGACAGUAGGUUGGAUGUUCGUUUGGCUUAUUUCUGAGUCUGUUGGGUCUUAAAAGAGCUGUAAAAAGAUUUUUUUGAAUUAAACAAUAAAGAAUGUGGUGACAUUUUG